AGUGGACUUACAGAUAUUGCAAACAACAAUUGUAGCAUCAAAACAGAACAUCAAUUAGUGAUGGAAGUUCCAAGCUUUGUCUUCUUGUCUUUGCUUCUUCUUCUCUUCACAACUACAACUAAAACCUCAUCAGCUCAACUCACUCGUGGUUUCUAUAACAAUAUAUGUCCCAAUGUUGAACAAUUGGUUCGUUCAGCUGUGAAUCAAAAGUUUCAACAAACAUUUGUUACUGCUCCUGCCACUCUUAGACUCUUCUUUCAUGAUUGCUUUGUCAGGGGUUGUGAUGCUUCGAUUUUGCUUGCAAAUAAUAAGGCAGAGAAGGAUCAUCCUGAUGAUAUAACACUAGCCGGAGACGGCUUCGACACGGUGAUUAAGGCCAAAGCAGCUGUUGAUAGAGAUUCUCGGUGUCGAAACAAAGUUUCUUGUGCUGAUAUACUUGCUCUGGCUACUAGAGAUGUUGUCAAUUUGGCAGGGGGUCCAUUUUAUAAUGUUGAAUUGGGAAGGCGUGAUGGAAGAAUAUCUACAAUGGCCAGUGUUCAACGCAGUCUUCCUGCCCCUCAUUUCAAUUUGAAUCAGCUCAAUUCCAUGUUUAGCAUUCAUGGACUCUCUCAAACAGAUCUGGUUGCAUUAUCAGGUGCACAUACAAUUGGAUUCUCUCAUUGUAACCGUUUCUCAAAUAGAAUCUACAAAUUCAGCCAAAGAAGUAGAAUUGAUCCAUCAUUAAAUUUACAAUAUGCUUUUCAGCUUAGACAAAUGUGUCCUUUAAAAGUUGAUCCUAGAAUUGCCAUAAACAUGGAUCCUAUCACGCCUCAAAAGUUUGACAAUCAAUACUUCAAGAAUCUACUACAAGGAAAAGGUCUAUUCACUUCUGAUCAAGUGUUGUUUACAGAUUCAAGGUCAAGGGACACAGUCAAAUUGUUUGCAUCAAAUGAAAAAGCUUUUGAAAGUGCUUUUAUUGAUGCUAUUACUAAGUUGGGAAAGGUUGGUGUUAAAACUGGAAAUCAAGGUGAAAUUAGGAUUGAUUGUACUAGGCCAAACUAGAAUAGUACUAUGUUGUGUUAUGGCAUCAUCUUUUCUUUUGGAGGGUUUAUGAGUUUUUUUUUUGUAUAUUUCAUAGUUCAUUGUUGUAUUAAUAAUUGAUUCAGUUCUUUGAGGUAUAUUCCUGGCUUCAUGAUGCUA